GAAACGCCGUACCCGACAAACUUUAACUUCUUCCUCCGACUGCUGUACGCAGGGUUUUCCUAACUCACAUGGAAUAAAUAACUGUUGCCUGGUUGGCAAGUUUUAUUGUCUGACGUUUGAAAGAAGUCAUGUUAGCAGAGGCUCGAGGUCCGCACCCUUUGGGUCCAGGAGCGCCGUGGCAGCCCCCCACCGCUGGAAACAACAUCAAAGAUCCAGGCGAUCACCACAGGCAAAGGGAAAGAGAGCACCAGCGACACGCGUCUAGUGAAAGAAGCUGCUUCUUUGGGUUGGAAACAAGGCCAGAGCUGGUCUGGGAAGACUGGAACCUGGGAAAAGAGUUCACCAAAACAUUAGUAUUAAAGAACAUUCAUAACAAGCUGCAGAAGCUACACCUGAGGCCUCCAGUCUCCAGGUUUUUCACCACCUUAAUUCCCCAGAUAAUUGUUCUUAGUCCAGGGACUUCUUUCUCCAUCCCAGUCACCUUUCGGCCGCUACAGAGGUGCGACUAUGAGGAUAGCAUCGAGAUUCAAGGUAAAGAUGGCAGCUUCCAAAUAUGCCUCCGUGCCACCAUUCCCUGCUGCGCCCUGGUGGUGCCUGACUCUGUGCUGCUGCCAAUCUGUGCUGUUCAACACUCCUCACAUACUACUUUCCUGCUCAAAAAUGCAAGUAAACUCAAGACAUGCUUCCAGUGGGUGUGUGCAGCGCCAUUCCAGCUGAGCCCUGAGCAAGGCCUGUUGAAACCCAGACAGGAGUGUCACAUCACUGUGGUCUUCCGGCCACAAGAGGCGCUGGUGUACCAGCAACAGGCCUACUGCAGGUUUGGAGAGGAAGGGAACAAAGCAGAGAGCUUCUGCACUGUGCUGCUGCAGGCACUAGCCAAAUACCCAUGUCUUCAGUUGAGAAAUCCAGCUACAAUGGAGCAAGAAGAGCAGGGGCAUCCAAUGCUGUGCUUUGGUUCUGUGGCAGUCGGCCAAAAUUUGCAGAAGCACUUUAAUAUCUUCAACCCCUCUCCUGUAACUGCAUCUUUCUCUUUGGCAAGACUGCCUGGCGGGGUGCCUCUGUUUGGGUCAGAGUUCAGCUGUGAUGUUACCAAAGGAAAGGUGCCACCUGGUGGAUCGCUACGAGCUACAGUCACCUAUUCUCCUGCUGUGGUGGAUUCGGUUUCUGUCGAGUACUUAUCUCUGAAAUGCAAAGGGGCACUUGAUGAAACCCUGCUUAAACUCACUGGAAGCUGUACAGGUCCCAAAGUUUCCUUGUCCUCUCCUGUGUUGGACUUUGGCUGUGUUGAGGAAGGAGAAGCAGUCAUAAAGACAGUGGAGCUGGUUAAUUCUUCUCCUGUUGAGACCAUCUACCAAUGGGACCUUGACUGUGGCGGACAUAGUGUGUUCAGUAUCCAGCCAGCAAGUGGCACUGUACACCCACAUAGCCAUACCACACUGAGGGCAGUCUAUAGGCCCACACAUCCCAUUGCACACCACAGGAGAGUGGCAUGUCUCAUACUGCACAGGGACCCUCUGUUCCUUGACCUGAUUGGUACCUGUCACUCAGAGCUCCAGAAACCAGCCAUACUGAAACCUGAACACUUGGUUUUGUACAAACUUAACUGGUACCGCAGACAAGACCCACCAAGCUCUCCAAGUGUCAUCCAGCAAGAUCAUAAUGGACACUUGGAUCAGGGGGUGCACUCAGCUGUGGAUGAGCAGUCAAGUCAAACACUGGGCAGUGCUACAGUUAUGCCGAGAACUCCCAUGGAGGAAUUUUUUCAGUCUUGCUUGGGGUGCAUGGAUCCUCUCUCUUCUUGUUCUUCAUCAUGUCCCCAUGUAUCUGCAGUGCCAAGUGAGCUGCUGUUUAAUCACAAAAUGUCCACCUCAGCGUCUGCUUCAUCCACUUCCUCUCAGUUUGUCUCCAUCACCAACCACACCAGAGGGAAACUCAGUCUGGUUUGGACCGUUGCCCAAGACUCUCCGUUUACUGUUUCUCCCUCAUCAUGCGACCUAGCUCCACUGAAGUCCACCUCAUUCAGAGUGACCUAUGACCCCAAGCAGCUCAACACUUUGCAUGGAGUGCAACUCGAGUGCUUUGCAUACUAUAAAAUGGAUGAUCAUUACGUUGCUGAGCGACUGCUGUGCCUGCCCUGGUGUGUGACUGUCAGAGUCAUUGGCCACUCCUUUCAACCUGGCAAAGAGCACUUCAUCCCGCGCUGUUCUCUGAAGCCCCCUCACGUGGUGUUUCCAGCCCUGAGUGCUCUUUCCUAUAAGACAGUGCUCCUCCAGAAUGGCGGAGACCUCCCCCUCUCGUUCUGUCUGGACCACAGCUCAAACGCUGCCCUGGCAGAGUCAGUGGCUGUAAUUCCAAACUGUGGUCUGAUCCAGCCUGGGCAUCACCAAAUCCUCACCCUCAGAACUACUCCCACAGAAGACAAUCCCAAAGAAGGGUUCAGUUUACAGCUGCAGCUCAAUGCAGCUAAACACACAAAGGAACUGACAGUUGUGAGUGUGGUAGAAAAGCUGUGCGUGUCUCUGGAAGGAGACGGCAGUUUAUAUUUCCAGCCAACGGCUGUGGGCUCACAGACACGACGCUCCCACCGCAUCAGGAAUCUCAGCCAUCUACCUCUACAGUUCCAAUGGAGGAUUCCAGAGCCAUACCAGGACCUUAUCUUUGUUGAACCAGAUGCUGGUGAACUGCAUCCCAAUGAGAGCUCGGUCCAGACAUGGUCCUUCAAUCCACUGGCAGAGACAACAUACACACUCAAACCUACUCUCACCUUCUGGCCGAUCCAGACUAAUGGAUGUAACAAGUCACACCUCACCCUUAAAGUGGUGGGAAUGGGCUCCAAAGGCUUCAUAGAGGCAGGAAAAGCAGUCUUGGAUAUAGAGGAAACUCUAGUUGGAAGUUACCGGUCAGUUGAAGUUCCUCUGGUGAACAACAGCCCCUGUCCUGUGUCCUUUCGUCUUUCUGUACAGCAGAUACUUCUGGAUGAAGAACUUAUUUAUGACCCCAAGACUGAACCAAGUGCUUUACAGCUGGACUGUGAGAGGGGAACCAUCGCCUCACACUCCACACUGCUGCUCCAAUCUACUGUCAGACCAUACAGACGAGCCCAGUACUUGUGGAAAAUCAGUUACCAGAUGCUUAAUGCCAGUGGGUUGGUGUCAUCCCCUCCUCAGGCGCUGUGUGAAGUGCGAGCUAAGGGUGUGUUCCCCACACUACAGGUUACUGAUGUGUAUAGUGGUGGCAGUGAGGGCACACUCAGCAAGGUGCAUCUAUGGAAACUUUUCUCAUUGGAUAGCCUCAACAAGUACCUGCUGUCCAAUCCCUCCCCUGCAGAACUCACUUAUGGAACCCCCACCAGGCACAGCCUGCGCAGCUGUCCCUCCAUCUUCACCAAAGCCACAGUGGAUUUUAACUUUAGUGCUGCUCCCAUGAAUUCAGACCCUUCAACUUUUGUGCUGAUGUUUCACAACCCUGGUUCCAUCCCUGUCGAUUGGGCAUUGUUGUUUCCAGAGGACCAGCAGAUAGAGUUGGAGUACUGGGCAGAGACAGGAGAGUUCAGCAGCACUGAGCUGUACCAGAUGAAGGUUCAAGACAACCGUGUGUUCAGCAUUUCUCCUCGUUCUGGAACUUUGCACCCAGGCCAGCAGAGGGCAGUACACUUCACCUACAGCCAUGGCUUUGUUGGGACAGAUAGGUUUCCUGUUGUGUUCAAGCUCUCUUAUGGCAGAGAGAUCUUGCUAAACCUCCAGGGGGUGACAGUGGAGAGAGACAGACCAUAUCUCCACUUUGCCUCCAAUCGGCAUGUCUUCACCUCUGUAACGAUUGGGGACAGCAGUCCUCCGAGGCAGGUGUGUGAGAUACACAAUGCUGGUGCAGUGCCAGUCCAUUAUGAAGUGGACACAGCUGUGUUGUCACAGCUUCAGAUGGACAACUUUAACCAUCCAGUGCUGUGCUGCCUCAGUCCAGAGGGAGAGGUCCUUCCUGGGAAGACGGCGGUGCUAGAAUGGAUCUUUUCUCCACUGGAGGCUAAGAUGUACCAUAUGGAGGUUCCUAUCCACAUUCAGGACGGGGACUCAACUCUGAUGAGGUUUGAGGGAUGCGGGUUUGAUACUUCGACACUGGGCUCCUCAAACCCAUUUAACUGCAGUGAUUUUAAGGCAUCCUGCGUCCAGAGGGUGCCAUUCCCAGGACAGGUGGUAUUUCUGUCUGAGGACAGUGUCUCUCUUGGCGACAUCCCUGUGUGCUCACAAUCUUCAAGAAUUCUCUUCCUCACCAAUGUGUCCCACACAGACACUGUCCACUACACAUGGGACUUGCCCCAGCAGAGUAACCAGCAGGUGGUGCAGAUCCAUCCAGAGCGAGGCAGCUUGUGUCCAGGCGAGAGUGCUCUUUGUGUCCUCACCUUCACCUCUACUGACUACCCCACCGUUUAUCGACUCGAUCUCAUCUGUCAGGUUAUUCAGGAAGCCGCACUGACUCGAUAUCAAGAGGCUUUGCAGUGCUGGGGGGAAGAGAGAGAGAGACAGCAAGAUGAGUUCACUAUCACGGACAAGAACCUUUCAGAGAGACAAGAAGAUCUGAUAGAUAAGGAACCUGUACCAGCUCCAGUAAGAAAAGGACCACCACUCAGGAAAUAUAAGACUCUUCCUCCUAUCUGUGCCAGUAGCAGCUGUGAAACUGUGGGCUCUAUAUGUACUAAGCUAACAAGAGCUGAGCGGCGGGCACGGAAGCAAACGGCAAAAGUAUGGAGGCAGCCUGAACCACCCCCACCCGCUCUGUUGCAUCUGGAGGUUACAGCACACUCCCACAGUCUUCUGGAGUAUCUCACACACUUUCCUGACCAGUUCAAUAAGUUUUAUAGGUGCCUUCAGUCAGUCAGACCCCAGAAGCCUGAAACCACUUCUUCAAACGCAUCCCUCUCUGUCAGGCUGCCUCCACCAACACCUGGCCCUGAGAAACACAUCAUCACACACAUACUCACCUCUGUGCUAAGGGAAAUACUUGAUGAUUCAGCGUUCGCCCAGUCCCUGAUUACUUUGGCCUCCAAGCCCAUCACCUACCAGCCAACAGAAACUUCUCCCUCUCACAGCCCCCCUAUUGGCCCCACACCAUCUUAUCGCCGUAAUCCACAAACUCAAGUUCUGUUGAGUGGGACAAAGGCUGGACUAAAUGAAGAGCGCAACACAGUGGACAGGGAGGGGACUGCAGGAUGUUCAGGAAACACACCCCGAACACAGGACACGGUGCACACUGAAUGUGUGCUGGCUGACGUGACUGAAGAUGUUUUGCUGAACACCCUCCAGAACCUGAUGAUGGAAGCUGUCAGAGGAGAGCUUGUUCUUACAGCGCACCCACGCACUGUUAUCCUGCCACCUGUUUCUACAAGAACCAGGAGGAUGUCCAGAGCCAUGGCUGAGGAGGAGAAAGGCAAAAAAGAUACAGUGGGCACUUAAUUUGAAGCCUUGCCACCUACUGAACAUACCGUAUGUCUUCUUUUCCGCGCUCAGCAUAUGAUUUGUAGCUCUUCUGUAUCCCUCUGAGUGCCGUCCAUCACUUCCUUUCCUUUAUACAGCUUUAUUCAUUUGUCUCUCCUUCCUAACCCCAUGCGUCUGCUCUCGCUGUGCUUCAGCUCGCUUUCUUGUGCUGACAAGACGACUGACCUCUCACAUACUCCUUAUAAAUAUUUCAUAAACGAUGUUGCAGUUGUAUUAAGCCGUCAUCUGAUUGGUUUGAAUGGCAGGUUCACGAGAAACAUGGAAAAUUCACAUUCUGGCAGUGAUUGGAAAUGCACCCACAGGCUAUUUGGCCCUGAUGUACUGUAUGCUAGAUUUAGGGGUUUUUUUUAUAUUUGAGUCACAUGACGCAAGACUAUUAGAUGAAAACUGACAAGGUAAGAAUUUUGUAUGGCUGAAGAUACAAAAGGACUUUCUGUAUAUCAGCUUUACUCCUGUCUCAUUUUCGAACCUCAGGCCAUGAUUCCACAUGUUCACUAUGAUGCUAUGCUUGUCUGUCUGAUAAAUAGCAGUCAAUAGCAAUAUGGGUAAUGGUACAAUAAGGGGAAUGUUUUCAUACUGUAUGCUGUUAUUCAUUGACUGUUAAAUGUAAAUCUAUUCAGUAUUUUUUCACAAUGUGAAAGUGAAUUAUUGCACCAUCAGUCCAAAAUAUGUUCAACAACAACAUCAAAUAAGAACGUACUCCAUGCCACACGUUUGUACAUCUCAUGCACAUCUUAUUUUGAACUUGAAUAUCUUGUCCCGUAAAUGAGGCCAUAUUAUUUUUUCUCUACCCCCCCCCCCCCCCCCCCCCCCCAAAAAAUCUGAUUGGAUACAACACAAAAGUUAAAGCAACAACACUGUGGCACAAUAUUUACAUAGUUGUAUUCAAAUGAACUGCAUAAAUAAUCACUUUCAUGUCCAUUUAACAACACAAUAAAUUAAUAGCAGAAUU